GGAGCCGAGUAGCAGUGACGUGGUUGGUUGCUAGGUGAAAGUGACCGUGAUGCUUUCACACCAACACGCUGCUGCUCGCUCAGUUUACUAUUCAGCCGCUACGCUGCAACAGUUGCACUUCAUCCUCGUCUGCUCCGAGCUGACACAAUGGCUUUUUGAGUUUUUCAACACCUUGCAACCAAGAGGAAUCCGUGCUUUGCUUUGGCAACGCACCCCCAAGCUCUCUAAACUAUUUCUCUGCAAGAAUGGAGUUUUACUAUGCCCACCCAGCCCUGCUCUCUGUGGCCCAGCUGUCAGAUCCUGCCUGCUUCCCGCACAUGCACCGACUCGGACUGAACCGAAGCGCCGAUGGACAGAAUGAUGAUGGCGACGUCGGCUCCUGUUUGGAAGACGCUUCGCGCGUGCCCGGCAGACCCCCUCGCUCUCUCUCACCCACAGGCUAACCACAGCCAAUCACAGGGGUGCAGGGGGGAGGUGUCAGAGGGGAGUCAGCACUUAAUUGGUGAUGUUCUCACUGACUGGAUGACGGAAGAAGUGGACUUCUCCUCGUACCUCCCAAACCCUCCCUCCCCUCUUUCCUCCACCAAUGCCUCCCUUCCCCCGUCACCCCUUCACAAUGAUAUCCAAGUGCCCUCUGACUUAGAGGUUAUGACCUCUCUGCUACAAGAGGAACUAGCCCAACUGGAGGACUACUUCCUGUCCGAGCCAUUGCCGGAGAAAGGUCCCAGGCUGGGAAAAUGUGAGCGGAGUCCCCUGCUGACUGGUCCUCAACCGUUCAGUCAGCUGCCUUAUGCGUCGUAUUCCGCACCCAACCAACCGGAAUCGAAUCCAUUUCUUCUCACCCUGGCAAGCGGAGAACUAGACCUGCUAGGAGUGUGUGGCGGGCCCGUGGGGCGCUCCAAAAUUCCCAGGCACACCCCGUACAGCUGCAGUCGUCCCAGCCCGUACGUGAGGAAAAGAAUCCCUGACAGUUUAAGAUGCGGUGAAAAUUACGACAACAGCUCAAGUUCCAAAGGAAGCAACUCCGUUAACUCGGCGCUUAGUUAUUGCUGCGUGGAAGAGGAGCAGUUGGCCGGAAAAGGCUACUGUCUGGGCAGUGCUGUCGAGCUACGAAAAUGCUCAAUUCUAGCAAAAGAAGAGAAAAACUGCCGCUUCGGUCACAACUCCGUCGGCAACGCAAGGGUCACCGCAGCCGCUGGCGGAUUCCAUUUUGGGGCAACGCUUGACGACUCGCUAAAGAAAGAAGAUCUGUUGAUGUAUAGCAUGAGAGAGGUGAGCGACGGCGCCGCUGACAAUGAAGUGCUGACCAGCAUCAAAACUGGCGUGGAGGUGACAAAAGCCACAGUUUCAUGGAAAGCCCAAAGCAGUGAAAAUUGUUACAUUUCGGCAACACCCCAGUCCGAGACCUUUCACGGCUUCUUCACCGAGCAGGUGAAAGCGGAGAAUCUGCCUAUAGGGCAGCACGAAAUGCACUGUAAUUUCCUGGAGGAUCCAAGUCCAGAGUGUCUUUUGAUGGCAAAGGAUAGUCUGAACUUGGAAUCUUGCAGGGUGAAAGAAGACCAAUGUGCCGUGAAAUACGAAUUUGACGUCCUUCCCGCAGAAGGAGGAGGAGAGCGCAAACAGAAGAAAAGAGAUCAGAACAAAACAGCGGCUCAUAGGUAUCGCCAAAGAAAACGGGCUGAGUUAGAUUCUUUGGAGGAACAGCUGCACUGCCUGGAAGGGCGCAACCGUGAGCUGAGGGACAAGGCAGAGUCGGUAGAGCGUGAAAUUCAGUACGUCAAAGACCUCCUGAUUGAAGUUUACAAGGCCAGAAGCCAAAGGCUAAAGCAGGACACAACAGGAUAACCCUAAAGUCACGCCAAGAAGUCACCACAGGGAAGUUGUGGAGCUUUUUUGAUUGCCUGUAAUUGAACGUUGCUUUAUUUUUGUAAUACAUCAUGCAUGGUUUAAGAGUCAUUGAACAAAGUGAGAGUAACAUCACUUUCACACUACACCUCUCGAGGCCGGCGAUGCUGUAAUGACAAUCUUUUUAAUGCUGUCUCACACUCUGGAUUAUGAAAAUACUCUGAAAAUACUUAUUGAUUUUGCAGGUUGAAGAUUUUACUAGCCUUAUAUUAGAAUUGAUGUCAACAGCAGAGCUUUUUCCCCGUGUUAAUAUUUGAUAUUCUAAACAUUUUAAAAUGGAAUAAUUGCUUUCAAUUGACCUAAGUUCUAUUAUUCAUCAUCUCAAUAAAAAUGUAGUAUACUUUUUUGAUAUUUCUAUUCAUACAUAUGCUUGAUUUAGUUGCAACAUUCAAUUUUAAAUCAUGUUUUGAAAAGUGACUUCAGCUUUAAUGCAGCACUACUGAUGUUUUUAAUGUUUGGAUUUUCUUUAUUGCAUUUAUUGUGAAGACGUUUUGAUAUAGUUUACAUUAUUCCCAUCAGUCACUCACUGCAAAUCAUACAUCGUGAUCACACAGCUCAGGAUUAACAAUUUGCUCACAAGAAUCCAUAUUUGCCAAUGACAGAAAAGUAAAUUAUUCAUGUCUUCCCUUUGACCUCGGACAUAUUCCACUAAAGCAUUUUUGUAGUUAUUGUAAAACAUUUUUGUUGCAUGUCUUUCUUAAAGAAAAAAAAAAAAAAUUCAGGAUGAAUUGUGAUUCCUACAAAUGCAAUACGUCUCAUGAGCCUCAGGCUAAUCUGCACUAAUUUGUACAAAUUUUUAUAUGUUAAGCGAAUGGAGUAUAAUGGUCCCGCUUUGUAGCAAAUUUACUGAAGAAAAAAACACCUCAUUAAAUGGUUGACAAUGCGCUUGCAUGUGUAACUUUGAUUUCCGCUGCUGGCAGAAUAGAUUCCUACCGGGCAAUUUUUUCCCCUAUGCAUUUAUUUGAAGACAAUCUUGAAUAUAAACUGAUAUUUAUUCAAUUUACAGGAUACAAAAUCUUAUGGGUUUGCCUACUUGUGGCGUACUAUCAAGUUAAGUCGUAGUUAACAACAAAUGGCAACGUGUGACCGAGCGUUAGACUUAAAAUGUUCCUGUUUAAAUUCAAUUCCAUCAAAUUAACAAGCAUAUUUGUGUAUCAUUAAUUUUUUUUCUGUUAAAAAUAAAAGUGUGGCAUUACGAA